GGCCCCUGGGCUCGCACGGCUGCCAUGGUUCCGCUGCCGCUCUCGGUGCCGCUCUGCACGUUGCCGCCGGGCCCCGGGCCCCCGCGCUUCGUGUGCUACUGCGAGGAGGAGGCCAAAGGGGCCGGGGGCCCAGGCGGCUUCAGCCUCUACGUGACGGACGCCGCGGAGCUUUGGAGCACCCGCUUCUCCCCGGACAGCCUUGCGGCCCUCAAAACUCGGUUGGGCCUGAGUGCGGCGGAGGACAUCACUCCCCAGUUCAGGGCCGCCUUCAAGCAGCAAGCUGUGACUUUCACUCCGCAGGAGGUGGGAGCAUCCCUGGCCCUUUCUGGGGGGCCCUCUGCUCUGGAGUUUGAGCUCUCCAAGGUGCCAGGCCCAGAGGCAGCCUCCAGGAUACAGGCACUGACCCUGGGUCUGGCCGAGCGUGUGUGCAGCUUGGAGCGGCAGCUGGCAGCUGUGGAAGAGAGAGCUGCCAGCCCCAGGAAGAGCCCUCGGCGAGUAGGGCCUCAGCAGUUCUUACCAGACCCCGAUUCUCAGAGAGGCUGCCCCGGACCUGGGGUCAGGAGACGGUGUCCUGGAGAGUCCCUCAUCAACCCGGGCUUCAAAAGUAAGAAGCCAGCCAGUGGUGUAGAUUUUGACGACCUCUGACCGCACAGCACAAAGUGUGGCGUUUACCUGGGAGAAGAGGGGCAGUCCCGAGACCCCACCACAUCCGCUGUGCGUCUGCUGUCUGGCAGGAGCAAACCUGCUUCUUGAGCCCCUUCCCCAUCAAAUAAACGGCUUCCUCAGGCAGAGGUCAUGGCCAGGCUCUGGCUCUUGGGGGCCGGGUGGGGAGAGGGGCCAUGCAUUCCCCCCAGUCCUGCCUACAAUCUGGGUGCUGGGCCACAGGAUGUAAACAAGUG